AUGUCAGUGUACAAGCGGGUGGCGAAGGAGUUGGAGGACCUGCAGAGCAAGCUUCCUGGGUACCUGCGGGACCUGGACAGCGAAAAGGCCAAUGUCCUGAUAUGGAACGUUCUUCUCUUACCGGACAAAUCACCCUACAACCUCAAGGCCUUCCGAGUGGGCAUCACCUUCCCUGAGGAGUAUCCGUUCAAGCCUCCCAGGGUGAAGUUCACCACCCAGAUCUACCACCCCAGCGUGGACCAGGAAGGACAGGUGUGCCUUCCCAUCACCAGCAGCCAGCACUGGAAGCCGAGUAACAAGGCCUACCAAGUCUUGGAUGACCUCAACAUGCUGGUGAAUACACCAGAGGAGAGCCAGCCCCUGCGGAUUGAACUGGCUGAGCUGUUAGCACAGAACCCCAAAAAGUUCUACGAGGAAGCCAAAGCAGCCACGCUCCGCUUUGGAGUUCAGCGGCCCACCUAG